CCGGGACGACAGGGCUACUAGGUUGGAAGCCAUCGCUACUAGGUUGACACAUAGACAGACAGAACUCCAGGGACUUCCACACGCGCAGUUUUCCAGAAUUGCUGGCUGACUCGCUCAUGGCUUCGCUGGCCUCUGUACGUGCUUCUUGGCAAAAAGACCGAGCAAGCUGAGUUCUUUUAACGCCUCUUUCUGUUCUUUUAUACUUCACUUUGGCAGUGUCGUAUUGCAAAGCAAGCUGCUGCAGCUGUUAGACUGAUGCACUCCCGACACAUCGCUGACAGGGCAAAGACAGUGCACAAGAGUCGCCUCAGGAGCAAAGUGCAGAAUCUCCAUCUAAAGCAAACAUGAAAGAAGAAAGUAAGAAAGCACGAUCAAAAUGCAUAAAACGAGAAAACAAACAUACAACGAAAGAAAGAAAGAAAGACACCCACAUCUCCAAACGCACACCAAGUCUCAGGCUGGGCCUCUCCUCACAGCAGAAGAGGAGAUGCAAUACCAACGUGCACUAUGGGUGAACCGCCUCCUAAAGGAGCAGCUAGCCACCCAGACUCAAGGCCUCUCAUUGAAGGAGAUUGAGGAAGCACAAGGGCAGAUUCAAGCUAGAAUGCGACAAGCUGCGAGAUUGCAGGCAUGGACAUCUCAUGGACCAGAACCUGUUGGAACAAGGUAUCCCAAAUCUCCUCGGAAAAGCUACACUCAGCAAAGCCGAAAUCAGCACACUUCUUCCUGUGAAGUGAACCGGAGGCGAGCUCAGCAUCGUAUCAAGGAGGAGAACUUGGGAAUCCUGCAGCGCUUGGAGAAUGUGAAGAGCAGUUUCACCCCGCGAAUGCCUUCCAGUCGCAUUCCAAAAAUCUCACCACGCAACAGGCUGUUGAGCGGACCUGGGCAGUGAGUUUCUCCCCAGAGCGAAGCAGUUCAGCUCCAGAAGGGAGCUCUCUUUGUUUUGCUCAAGAUAUUUGUGAAGGAAUUCCUUUCGCUACUAGGAGCAAGGAUGCUACUAGGGGCUCCUGGCCUUACUACUAAGAGCAAAGGGCAUUGCUACUAGCAGAUUCUCAUUUGCGACCUGCGCUUCAUAACCUGCUCCAACACGGAGUGGUAACUCGACAGAAGAAAAAAGGAGUGAAGAAAGACCUAGUAAGCGAACAUUGUUACUAAUAGCGUGGCACUUGUUACUACUAGUAAGGCACUUGUUACUAGUAGCGAUGCACCUGUUACUACCAGACCUAAAGGGCCGUUCAGGAAGAACCGAACGACGUGCUUUGCAGCCGGACUUCUCGGGCAAAGCACAAACUGGACAAACUGGACGUAGUCAGUCGGCCGGACUUGUCGUUCACCCAUUCGUUGAAACACCAAAUCUUGGUUGCAGCAUGUUACAGGUACAUCGUCAUCAAAUGCACACAUUGUUCUUCAGAUAUGACAUGGAGGGCAUGAAG